AUGUCUUCUCCUGGUAAGACAGGAGCAGUUUCAAGCUCAGCGAGAAGGCUUUCACGAACAAAAAGCAAGAAAAAACAUUUUGUACAUCAAAAAGUGGAGGUAUUCUGGGCCAGCGAUCCCAUACUGACUGUUUUUAUGUGGGGCAUCAAUCACACGAUAAACGACCUCUUUCAAGUGCCUAUGCCAGUAAUGCUACUUCCAGAUGACUUCAAAGCCAACAUAAAAAUGAAAGUCAACAACCAUUUAUUCAACAAGGAAAACCUCCCUGGACAUUUUAAGUUUAAGGAGUACUGUCCACUGGUGUUCCGGAAUCUAAGAGAGCGAUUUGGAGUUGAACAUCAGGAUUAUCUGGUUUCUCUUACACGUAGUCCUCCAGCAAAGGAUUGCAAAAGUCAGGAAGCAGGAUUGGUGUUGACAUCAUAUGACCGAACAUUAAUUGUCAAGCAAAUAUCUAGUGAGGAGGUGGAGGACAUGCACAACAUUCUUUCAGAAUACCACCAGCACAUCGUAACAUGCCAUGGUAGCACACUUCUUCCCCAGUUCCUUGGCUUGUACCGUGUUACUGUGGACAAUGAAGACACAUACCUUUUAGUCAUGAGAAAUAUGUUCAGCCACCGACUAACUGUCCACAUGAAAUAUGACCUCAAGGGGUCGUUGGUUUCUCGAGAAGCAAGUGAUAAAGAGAAGGUGAAGGAACUGCCCACCUUCAAGGAUGUCGAUUUCAGAAACAACAUGCAGCGAGUGUACAUCAGUGAAGAGGAGAAAGAAAAGCUUUUGGAUAAACUGAACAGGGACACAGAGUUUCUUGUACGUUUGAAGAUCAUGGACUACAGCCUGCUGCUGGGCAUUCAUGAUGUCGAGAGGGUGGAGCAAGAGGAAGUGGAAGAAAUGAAAGGCCCUUUAAGUGAAGAGGAGGAGGAUGCAGAGAAUGACCUUUCGCUUAUGGCUGUGGGGUCUUUUGGCACUUCCCCUGAGGGCAUUGCAGGGUACAUGAGCUCUUACAAACCUCUUGGUCCAGGACAGUUUGACCCUUAUGUUGAUGUGUAUGCCAUCCAGAGUGCAGCUGGUUCCACACACAGAGAGGUAUACUUCAUGGGUCUCAUAAACAUUCUGAGCCAGUAUGAUACCAAGAAGAAGGCAGCCCACGCAGCAAAAACAGUCAAGCAUGGAGCUGGGGCUGAAAUCUCUGCAGUUCAUCCUGAACAGUAUGCCAAACGGUUUCGGGAAUUCAUUGCAAACAUCUUUGCCUAAUUGAGAGCAUUUUAAAUAUACUCUUCCAAAUCUAGUGCACAAAAUGGUAAAAAACAAAAUCAAAUUGGAUACAAAAACCUUUAUUUGGAGCUGGUGAUUUGUACAAAUUAAAUUAUUUGAAAAGCAUUAUUUAAUUCAGUUAUUUAAUGUUUAGCAUAUAUAUGUGAAUGAUAAAAAUUAUCGCUCUAAUUUGCAAUAAAAAUGUAAUAAUGCAAAUAUAAAAUUUAUACAAUAAAACUGACUCCAUGAAAUGGAUGUGCAGUUAUAACUGUUAAAAUAGUUUAGAAUGUGACA